AUGGAAAAUAGGAACAACGUCACAGAAUUUGUUCUUUUAGGUCUCUCUAGUGAUAGAAAUUUGCAGAUAUUCUUCGUUGGGCUGUUCCUCUCCUGUUACAUUGCAAUCCUCAUAGGGAAUCUCAUCAUCCUCAUCACCGUCAGAGGCAGUUCCCUCAUCAAACAGCCCAUGUAUUUCUUCCUCUGCCACUUGUCCCUCAUGGACGUCUGCUUCACUUCUACAGUGACUCCCAAACUGGUCAGAGAUUUGCUGUCAGAGAAGAAAACGAUCUCCUUCGGCCACUGCAUGAUACAGCUGUUCGCAGUGCACUUAUUUGGUGUGGCCGAGAUCUCCAUUCUCGUGGGGAUGGCCUACGAUCGCUAUGUUGCCAUCUGCAAACCCUUACACUAUAUGGUCGUCAUGAACAAGCAGCGAUGUGUCACAGUGAUUGCAGUGUGCUGGGGAGGAGCAUUUCUCCAUUCCACGAACGAGUGGCUCCUUGUCAUUUUUUUGCCCUUCUGUGGCCCUAAUAAGAUUGAUCACUACUUGUGCGAUAUUUACCCUCUCCUGAAACUGGCUUGCUCAGAUACUUACGUGACUGGAUUUUUAGUACUCACCAGUUCAGGAACUAUUGUGUUAGUUACUUUUGCUGUUUUGGUCACCUCUUACAUCACCAUUUUAGCCCAUCUGAGGACCCACUCUUUGGAAGGACGUCGCAAAGCCCUCUCCACCUGCGCUUCCCACAUCACCGUGGUGACAUUGUUUUUCUUGCCCUGCAUCUUCAUUUACCUUCGGCCAUCCCAGACCUUCCCUGAAGAUAAAGUGUUUACUCUGUUAUACACCAUCAUUGCCCCCAUGUUCAACCCCCUCAUCUACACGUUGAGGAACAGAGAGAUGAAAACGGCCAUGAAAAAGGUG